CAAAUUGAAAGCAAAAAAACCAGAAAAAACAAUUCCAUUCGAUCUUGUCAAAGAAGCCAAUGACCAUAAAAAUGCGGAGCUCCACAGUUUUCCGCUCACAAAUAGAUUCAUACCUAAAAAACUCAAUAAUGCAAACGGGCUUUCUGUAUACAUUGCAGACAUAAACAUGCAUGAUGGGGUGAAAGCAUUAGCGACUAAUACGCCAGAUAAAAGCAAUACUUGUUCAUACGUUAAGAAGAAACUCAAAGAAAUGGGAACAGCGGAAAGAACGCAUGUUCUUGUUCGUAAACGUAACCCUCUUCAGCCAAAUGUAAGAAAUAGAAGGCAUCCCAACGUAGAAACACAUGAAAAGAUAAAUUGA